GGGCCGGGUUGAAGUUUUUAGUGCUUCACAUUUUAGUUAAUUUCACAACAGAAAAUUACUCUUAAUUCGAAACCUAGAUUUUCCAUUUUCCCCUUUAAGAGUGAUCACGGAAAUUGGAGAAGUAUAAUCGGAAGCAUUCAUCCCUUUUUUCUGGAAAGUAUGACAAACUGGUCAGAACUUCCAGGUGAACUACUGGUUUUGAUAGCAAAGCGUGUUACAGUGAUGGAGGAUUUCAUUAGAUUUGGUGUUGUUUGUAAAUCAUGGAGAAGUGCUGGUACCAAAGAAAAUUUUGAUGUGUUAGCGCCUCAAGUUCCUUUGCUUAUGCUGGCUGCUAAUGUGGACGACGAUUAUCGGAAAUUCUACUCUCUUUCCAAGGAGAAAAUUUCUUGCAGAGUUUUCCUCCCAGAAGCUAGAGGGAAAUUGUGUUUUCCAACGCAGGGGUGGUUUUUCACAGUGAACUAUACAGCAGGUACAGGAGAGAUGAUGUUGUUGCACCCAUUUUCACGCGCCCAAAUUCAGCUUCCUUCGCCUACUGGCUUGAGAGAUCAGGGAUCAGAACGUCUCUCUGUGACUAUCAACCAUGUUGUGUUAUCUGCUAGCCCGUCCCUAGCAUCUGACUAUGUUCUGAUGAUUUGCUAUGGUCGCCCUAUAUAUCAUUUGGCUUUUUGGCGACCUGGAGACCUCGGUUGGACCAAAAUUCAUAUUCUUGAAGAAACUGGUGCUUUUGUCCAUAUCCAAUACUUUAAAGGACAACUUUAUGUCAACCAUGGGUGGAAUCUAGUCUCAGUUAUUGACAUCCCAGAGCCUAGCAAUCCUCAGCCUGUUGUAAAACCACGAGAGGUUGUUGAGAUACGUGAUCUAUCGAUUGAUGCAAGCCGGUACUUUCUCAUUGAAGUGUCAGGUGAACUGUUAUUUGUUCAACAGUUGAUGAUUACAGAAAAUGUACCAAAUGGGUGGAAGACAAAUAAAUUUCGACUAUUCAAAAUUGAUGUAAUCAGAGGAGAAGCCAAAGAGAUUAAAAGCUUGGGGGACAAAGCAAUUUUUGUGGGGUGUAAUGCAUCAAUUUCCGUCGACUCUUCCAAGUUAGUUGGAGUGAAGCCUAAUCAUAUCUAUUUUACCUAUGAUUGGAUAUGUUUGUUCUGCCAAGGAGAUGAUUCGAGAGAGAUAGGGGCUUACAAUCUCGAAGAUGAAACCAUUCAAUCCUUGAAUCAAGGCAUUUCUGGUGUUGAUCCGGUAUCCCCCGCGAUUUGGGUUACCCCAUCAUUCUGAUAUCAAAAUGGGAUUCCAUUACAUGUUGAAGUAUAACUCUUUUAAUUGUACUUUCUCUGAAUGGUUUUGGUCUGUGUGAUAUUCAGUAUGCUAUUACUCUUUAAGGUUGUCUAUAGCAGAGGCAUUGCAAACAAAACUUUUUGUGAUAAAUGACUCCACAUUGUCAUA